CAUUUACAUGCAGCGUGUAUAAGAACUGUCUCGCCUCUACAGUGAGUCACUCGUCUCUGGAAAGUCCGAGAAAAGAUGCCUGAACCUGCCAAGUCUGCGCCCAAGAAGGGCUCCAAGAAAGCCGUGACCAAAACGGCUGGCAAAGGAGGCAAGAAGAAGAGAAAGACCAGGAAGGAGAGUUACGCCAUCUACGUGUACAAGGUGCUGAAGCAGGUCCAUCCUGAUACCGGCAUCUCGUCCAAGGCCAUGAGCAUCAUGAACUCGUUCGUAAACGACAUCUUUGAACGCAUCGCCUCCGAGGCUUCUCGUCUGGCUCACUACAACAAGCGCUCCACCAUCACCUCCAGGGAGAUCCAGACGGCCGUGCGCCUCCUGCUGCCCGGUGAGCUGGCCAAGCACGCUGUGUCUGAAGGCACCAAGGCUGUCACCAAGUACACCAGCUCCAAGUAAACCCUGCUUGCUCUCUACACAACAACGGCUCUUUUAAGAGCCACCCACCGUCUCAAAAGAGUGUUCCUUAUUUCUGCGUGUUUAGUUCAUAUGGAAAUUGAUUAUUUUUGGAAACAAGCUCAUUCAUCCUAAGUAUUAAAUGAAAGCCAACAUGUGUUACUGAAACUUGCAAAUGUUGGUUUGUAAUAAGAAUCAAUGGUUUCAUUUAAAAGGCAACAAACGAGAAACUUUUUUUUAAAAUAAACAAAAUUAUAAAAUACCUGUGCAGUUCUUCACUAGUGUGCAUUAAUACAAAUUACAUGUUUCAAAUGUCACAGCAAAAAUGUCCCAUUAGACAAAAUGCAUUUGACUGGCUUUGGUAAAACCACAAUCAUCAAAUAAAACAAAGGCAAUGAUGAACUUUAA